AUGAUGUCUGCGUUUAACAUACCGCCAGAUCAGGUCCACGAGUUACAUGCGCACGUCAGACAGACCGCUUUGGUGCAGGAGGCCGGAGCAUCGCCUUGGGCAUCCUCCCUUUUGCAGGAGUUCCAGUCUAGUACAUGGUUCAGCAUCAGGGGGCACUUGGCUGAGGUCAAGGCUGGAACCCGCCCCGGAGAUUCCCUGGCGGAUAUCGUUUUCUCCUUCCUUUUUGCAGCAGUGUUAAAAAGACUUCGCCAAGCUCUGCUCGACGCAGGUCUCUCCGUUUUCCUACCAUGGGACCCUUCCUGGGAGGGAAACCUUGAUGGCCCGAGUUCCUCCCCCAAUGACAGUCUUGCACCGUUGGACGUGUCCUGGAUGGAUGACCUGGUCAUUCUUCUAUGGUCGGACAGCCCCUCCCAGCUUGUUGAGGAUGUCAAGUUUGCCGCUGAGACCCUCUUAGAUCAGUGCGUCAAAGCGCUGUUGCAUCCUAACCUUUCUCCUGGGAAAACGGAAGCGGUCCUCUCGCUCAUUGGUCCUGGAUCCCGGGGCCUGCGCUCACGCCUUUUCAGGAAUCCCCAACCGGGCAUUCCUCUGCAGCCAGCGUUGCAUCCACCAGCUACCCUCCGUCUUGUUCCUAGAUACAAACACCUCGGAGGGGUCCUGCACUGGCAAGGCCACCUGUCACAUGAGCUCAAGUCGCGCAUCGGACAAGCCUGGCAGGCUUUUCGUAAGCAUCGGCGUGCGGUUUUUUAUUCACCUCUGGUGACGCACCGCGAGAAGUCCCUUCUGUUUCAGUCCGUAGUUGCGUCCACUCUUUUCUACGGUGCAGGUACAUGGGUCUGCGACGACACAUCCUCCCUUGAUCCCCUUCGCGGUGCAUUGUUGGCGAUGGGUCGGCAAAUGUUGCGACCGACCUUUGAUCGGGAGCAGUCCCAACACGUAGGGGCAGGCAGAGUUCUUGCGAUAGCUCGCCUCUCCACUGUCGAUGCCGAGAUCCACGCCGCGAGGCUCAGGCACCUCUCCACUGUACUGCGGCAGGCGCCCGCUGAGUUCUGGGCAAUCCUGCAUCAUGACUCUCAGUGGUUUCACCUGCUUCGGGAGUCCCUGUCAUGGCUCCGAGCUUCCUUUUCCAGGGCAGCCUUCCCAGUCGAUGACCUUGAGGAAUGGACAAGGACCGCAUGUGUCAUACGGGAUAAGCCACAGACCUGGAAAAGGUGGAUCUCCAGGGCCUUACACCUCGAUCGUCUUACUGCCUUGUGGGACGCUGAAGUAGCACAUUACCAUGGCCUGUUCUUGCGUUUCCUUCUGACCCAUGGGGCUCACCCUGCCUCUGAUGUCCUCACAUGUGAGCAAGCCCAGGAGCUGUGUGCUCUGUGCGGGAAGAGCUUUCCCAAUCUCAGAGCUUGGAGCCACCAUGCUUUCAAAUGCCACGGACGUGUCAGGGAGGAGCGGCUCUAUGCCAGUGGGAACCGUUGCAACAUCUGUUUGCGCCUUUUUGCCUCCAACUUUCGACUUUGUAACCAUUUGCAACACUCCAAAUCAUGUUUUGCCGCUCUCCUCGCUGCUGGGGACCCUGGUGAACCCCAACCUGGAAGAGGGAGUCGCAAAUACAACUCUGGGGCCGAACAACCUUGCCCAGCAGUUACUGCAGCUGGGCCUGUCUUGGCCAGGCAAGAGGUUACUUAUGUCCCUGAGGCUGAACGGCCUGAUCCUGCAACCCUCUCCGCUCUUGAGAUGAUCUAUGCCUUCCCUGAGGAAUGGCCUUGCUUUCAGGACCUUCUUGAGGCUGUCCGGGCAGCCUUUUGUAAGACGUGCUUGCAAGUUUCUAGGUUGAAGGCGACAGCUGCACAAUGGUGGAACAAUCUGCAUGAGGAGCUUGACAGGUGCGAUGAUGUACCUGUAGCCUGGGCUGCCCAACAUUUGCGCAUUGCUAGGAUGCUACUGCAGGUAGACUUUGUCACCUGGCUUGCUCCGACACCCACUGCCCAUGGCCCCCAGCUCUCAACGUUCCGUGAUGCAGCCAAGGUGCUGCCCUGGCUUGUUUUUGAUCUUGUCCAGUUUCCUUCACCGCAACCGUCCUCUGAGGACACUCACUGGAUUUGUGCCCGCUCUCCCCCAAGACCGAGCUCAGUUGUUGAGAUUUGGGACUUCGUUUCCCAUGACUCCUGCUUUGCCGAUCCUGGAUUGUUGGAUUUUGACGCAUGGUGCCGAUCCCGAAACGGUUGCGUGCGGGGCUUUAGUCUCAUCGGACUCUUGCCCUCGCUUCAAUGCCCUCCUGCUACUCGCUCCUACAAGUCCCUGCAGGAACCCCUUCAGCAACUGCGCCUUUUUGCUGACAUCGUUCGGGGUCUUGUCCUGCUAUGGUCUGCUGGCCGACCUGCCUUUGUCAUUGCCCCGUCCAUUGCAUGUGGUCAGUUGGUUUUCGUUGAGCACGUAUUGGCCGACAGUGCCAAAAUGCCCUUUCUCCUGGCAGCGCAAGUUGCCUUGCGCCCUGUGCAGAUGGCCUUGUGCAACGGCUGCGAUCCAUGCCGCGACACCGAGCGGCUUUUUGAGAGCGAGCUCUUUGAGGCGGUGAAGCUGAAGCGCUUCAGCUUGCCGGUGCUCGGAGUUCCUAUACCCCACAUCAAGGGCAUUGCCCUGAAGAGUGAAGGCGACCUCACCAAGACAUGGCCUGGGCCGUUGAGUGUCGAAGAGUUUAUUUGA